GACCCUACUCGGCGGCCAAUCGACGCUCGGCUCGCGGUCCUCGGGGCGCUUCAAUCUUCAGGCCGAUCCGAGAGGGAUUUUCAGAGUGUCCGGCCAGGCAGCGCGUAUAAAAAUCGCCGAGUGAGGAAAGGAGUCGCCGCACGCAGGGAAGAGCCGCGACGAGCCAGGGGUGUGUGAACGCAGGACAGAGACAGAGAGAGGGAGAGCCUCGCGUGCGUCCCGUCGUUCCCGCCGGUCGAAAGGGUUUCGCGUACAGAGAAAAGAACGGACAAAAUGUCGGACCGCAAGGCAGUGAUCAAGAAUGCGGACAUGUCGGAGGAGAUGCAACAAGAUGCCGUCGAUUGCGCCACCCAGGCUCUCGAGAAGUACAACAUUGAAAAGGACAUCGCUGCAUUUGUCAAGAAGGAGUUCGAUAAAAAGUACAACCCGACGUGGCACUGCAUCGUCGGGCGCAAUUUUGGUAGCUAUGUGACGCACGAAACAAGACAUUUCAUCUACUUUUACCUGGGUCAGGUAGCCAUUCUCCUCUUUAAGAGCGGAUAAGCUGGUUUCUAUUCUCUGUACACUCCCUUCCUCCGGAUCCCCCGCCCUCGCCCCUCCAAACAAAUCGCCAUGCCACUUAUGAAUUAAAUUAUAUUACGUGUAAGAAUGCAUGAGAACUGAAUUUUUAAAUGAGAGAGCGCGCGCGAAAGAGAGAAAGAGAGCGAAAGAGAAUGAGAGACCGAGCGAAAGGAAGCGAGACAAGUCCCGAAAAGAGGAAACCGAAAUGGAAAAAAGAAAAAAAGGAUUCGACGUUGUACCACCUCGACAAGUUGUUACAAGUUACACGAAAGAUCGAGCAUAGAAUUAUGUCGUCGCGGACGGAUAAUCGAAAAAGGGUAGGGGGACUCACGUGAAACAAACAAAAAAAAAGAAGAAGAAGAUUGACAUACCACCUUACAUGUUGAAAUGUAUUGUGUAUGCCAAAAACUUUGUUGUGUUCUUGUUUUAUAUUAGGUAUAUAUAUGUAAGGUUGGGUUCAGUGCUGGCGAUUUUAAAUCGGAACAAGGAGAAAACCAUUUAAAUGUGACUAGCUCGUAGGGAAUAUCUAUAUCGUUCGCAUGGCGCUAUCGAGCGUUGAUAUAUAUAUAUUUUUUUUGUUAUUGCACAUGGCAAAAAGAAGAAAAUGAGAAAGAAGAGAGAAAGAACGGGCAGAAUUGGCGAACGGCGGUGGCAGAUGAAGUCUUAAAUAUCGUCCCAACUAACCCCAACGCUACACACAUUACGUUUAGAGGAUUUACAGAGGUUCUUUUUGUUUACCUUUUUUUUUCCCCCUUCCUCACUCUCUUUUCUAUUAAUUGUUUGCCACUUUUAUCCGGUCAGAGACACUUUAUUAAAUGGCUAAGCCGAGGGAAGCCUAUUAAAUAGGCUCUCGACCCGCCGACGGAGGGCUCUUUUGAAAUACAAUAGAAAGAAAUGGACUCUGCGUUUUCUCCGUCCUUCCGUUCGAUUCCUUCUUUCUUUGCUCUUCGCAGUCUCUCCUUUCUUUUCUCCUUAAGGUCAGGAAAUAAAACCUUGCACUCGCGCGCGAUGGCUAUUCACCGCUGGUUAAUAUCGGCCGUUCUAACGCUAACCCGCUAUAAUUAAUUAAUUAAUUAACGUUAGGGACGUUCGUUACCUACCGUUAUAUUUUGUAAUCGGCACGUCGCGGACUUGACACCGAAGAAAGGGAUAGAGAGUGCGGGAAUCUUCUCCGUUAGUCGGGGCGACGCAAACUGAAGAGCGGCAAAAGGAAAAGCGAGCGAACGAGGAAAGAAAAGGGAGGGGGAACGAAACAAAAAAAAAACGAGAGAGAGGGAAAUCGGAAAACUCGGAGCCCCGGAGUCCCCGUUUGUUCUGUCCGAAAAUCAUCACGCCCCCCCACACACCUUCCGACCGUCAUUUAAAUACUCUAUAUAUAUUAUAUAUAUAUACAUAGCAACAUUAUACAUACUAUUAAAUAGAUUAUACGUAAUAACGCUAUUUAUACAUAGUGCAAUCUCCAUGCGAUUAUUCCAUGCAGUUCCGCCGUGGGAAGGAAACAUGCAUAUAUACAGAAAACUUAUAUGUAUGUAUAUACAUACGUACACUUCGGAAGAGGGAAGCGCGAGGUCCGAAAUUCUCGGUCAGAUGAAGGCCCCAGUUUUUCGGCGCGAUUCAUUGCGAAGCUGCAUCCCGGUGCUCCGAGGCCGCCCCUCGAAACAGAGAGAGAGAGAGAGAGGAAGAGGGAAGGAAACGGGAAUGAGGAAUAAAUCGGUAGCUCGCUCCCUACGUGGUCCGCCGAUUCUCGCCGGAAGUCGGGACGGGACACUUUAGAAAAGGGAAAGAUGAUUAUGCAUCCCCUCUGUUUCUCGGCUCUCAAGGGAAGAUCGCUCGAGAUGAAAAGAAAAGGCGAUAAGAGAGAUAACACGGAGUGGGUCGACGCGAAAGGCCAACAAGGGGACGAAGGAAAGGGGCGAAGGUCCUUCGAGCAUUUUGCCGCGCCCACGUGUCUUCCCGAGCGGAGAGAGCGGUAAACUGAAUUUCCGACAAUUAUCGGGGCAUUUGCCAGUUUAAUGGCGAUCUCGAGCACUUUCGCCCACCUCUCGUGCAAAAACAAAAGCGAGGGAGAGAAACAGGGGAGGCGAGGAAAUACGCGACGCACGUGUUUUUGUAGAUUUAACGGAGAAAAAAGAGAAUCCGACCACGAGGGAGCGACUUAGCUUGCGAACGCCUAAUUGCAACCUUUCGACCGGGGUGAGAAAUACAAAGAGAGAGAGCGAAAGAUCUUCCGAUGGUGCUUCGAGAUUAUACGCCCCCCCUUUUAUUAAAUUUAUCUAUCAUAUAUAAAUAGGCUUAUAUAUUAUACAUAAAUUUAAUAUCUCUGUACAUUAUAUAUAAAUAUUAAGCGCGUCGCGACCGUCGUUGUAUACCCGAGGAGGGCGAGGAAAGAGAAAGAGAGAGAGGUUGCAUCGAGGGCGUGAAUCGUGUGCACCGAGACGCGACACUUUAAAGGUUUAAAAAAAGCUCUUCCCACUGAUCGAUCCAUCGAUGCGUUUAUAAAGCGUACUCCUUGCGGCGUAAGGAGAGAACGAAGGAAAAGGGGGAGAGAGAGAGAGAAAAAAAAGAAGUGGGGAAUGGCCCGCGACCCGCGCCAGUUACUUUUAAUUGAACCUGCGGCCUUUUAUUUAUACACGUAUAAGGGCGAUCUACGGAUAUAAUAGGACAAUUGAGGAGACGACUGAAAUAAAGGCCUUAGUUCAAUGUA